UUAAGCCCUCCUCUUGCUUUCACAAUGACAAAGGUAGAAGAAGAAAAAGGGGCAGCAGAUGGAAGAGAUGAGUACACUGAAGAUGGAAGUGUGGAUCUCAAGGGCAGGCCUGUCUUGAGAUCAAACACUGGGAGAUGGAAAGCUUGUUCUUUCAUUGUUGGAUAUGAAGUGUUUGAGAGGAUGGCGUACUACGGGAUAGCAUCAAACCUAGUACUGUACUUGUCGAGGAAACUCCACGAAGGAACAGUAAAGGCUUCAAACAACGUUAACAUCUGGGUUGGAACAGUGUGGAUGACCCCGAUUGUAGGGGCUUACAUUGCAGAUGCUUUUCUGGGUCGCUACUGGACUUUUGUUAUUGCAUCAGCCAUUUAUCUUACAGGAAUGUUACUCGUGACCUUAGCAGUUUCUGUGCCUGCCUUGAGGCCUCCAUCAUGUGGCCAUGGGAUCAAAGAAGAAGCCUGCAACAAAAGAGCCUCAGAUUUGCAGAAAGGCGUAUUCUAUUGUGCACUAUACAUUAUCGCAAUAGGAACUGGUGGAACCAAGCCUAACAUUUCCACUAUGGGGGCAGACCAGUUUGAUGACUUCGAGCCGAAGGAAAGGGUUCAAAAGUUAUCCUUUUUUAAUUGGUGGAUGUUUAGCAUUUUCUUUGGCACCCUCUUCUCCAACACUUUCUUGAUCUACAUACAAGACACUGUGGGGUGGAGCCUUGGCUAUGGCCUACCAACAGCGGGUCUCUUGGUCUCUGUUUUGGUGUUCUUGGUGGGAACCCCGCAUUACAGACACAAAUUGGCCUUGGGUAGCCCUUUAACCACGAUUUUCCAAGUGCUUGUGGCUGCUGUCAGGAAGUGGAAUGUGCCUGUUCCAAGCGACCCCAAAGAGCUACAUGAGCUUAGCUUGGAAGAGUACACAAAAUCUAAGAAAUUCAGAAUUGAAUACACCCCUUCAUUAAGAUUCCUAGACAAAGCAGCCGUAAAGAGCGGGUCAAACUCACCAUGGAUGUUGUGUCCAGUGACCCAAGUCGAAGAAACCAAGCAGAUGGUAAAGAUGAUCCCCGUUUUGUCGGCAACAUUCAUACCAAGCACCCUUUUAGCUCAGGUGGGAACAUUGUUUAUCAAACAAGGAACCACUCUUGAUCGUGGGAUGGGACCCCACUUCGAAAUCCCGGCGGCUUGUCUCACAGCAUUCGUUACCAUCUUUAUGUUGAUCAGCAUUCCCGUAUAUGACCGCAUCUUCGUCCCGACAGUGAGGCGUUACACCAAGAAUCCCAGAGGGAUCACAUUGCUUCAAAGAAUGGGAAUUGGCCUUGUUUUGCAGAUCAUCAUAAUGGUCGUCGCUUGUUUUGCUGAAAGGAAGAGGCUGAGCGUUGCACGAGAGCAUCAGAUAGUGGGUAAAGACGACACGGUUCCUCUCACCAUAUUCAUACUCCUACCGCAGUUUGCUUUGAUGGGGGUGGCCGAUUCGCUCGUGGAAGUUGCAAAGCUAGAGUUUUUCUAUGACCAAGCACCGGAUGGAAUGAAAAGCCUUGGGACCUCAUAUUUCACUAGCAGCUUAGGGAUUGGGCAUUUCCUUGGCAGUUCUAUUUUGACCACAGUUUCUAAUAUCACUAUGACAAAUGGACAUACAGGGUGGAUCUUGGACAAUCUCAACAUCUCUCACCUAGACUAUUAUUAUGCCUUCUUGGCUGCCAUGGGUUCCCUCAACUUCAUCUUCUUCUUGAUUGUGGCCAAGUAUUUUGUUUAUAAUGUAGACGUCACAGAAAGGGAUUUAAAGGAAGCCAUUGGAGCUUCACUGGACAAAGCUUCCCUUAAAGGGGAAGCCUUGACAACUGGUCCAAUCUGAUAAUAUCCCUUGUCAUUUCCUCUCAUAUACGCUACAGUGUUGAAAAAUGCAAAUUCUGGUGUACUCCCUUUGAAAUACAAAAUAUCCGUUCUCCGAGCCCA